UAUGCAUCAUCGGAACCGCGCAGGCGGAACAUCUACGAACUGGCUAUGACGUCGAGACUGCACGUAUACUGUAUUAUUGUCGAAUGCAUUCACCAUCUAGCAAUUUGUCGCGCGAGAGCAGGGCAACACGUCCUCACGUAUCGCCCCGUUGCUCCAUUGUCCGAAAAAGAGAAGUGGCUGGCUCAAAGCUGAAAGAGAUCAAUUUCGAACUCCGAACUUGGUUAACCCUUCAAUCAUAUGUUCCGCAUGAUCCUAUAUAGUCGGCUGCUCACCGCCGUGAGAAUUACAUUUCUCCUGCUUCAAUCUUCGGCGCGUGGGUCUCUAUUUCUAUACUAGUGUCAAACACCAUGCGCUCGGUAUUGCCUUUCGUUUCCGUUAUUGGCUUCGCCUCUGUCAUCCUGGGUUUUGUACCGCCGGAGCAUCAGAUGCUGGGUAGCCUCGCCGCAAGAGAAUCCGAACAUGCAAAUGUAUCAGUAGAUCCGUGUCUGCUAGCCGAUGACUUGGCUGUAAAUCGCAGUCUUCGUUUGUCAAGUUGGUUGGAGUGUCGGGUAAACGGUUUCUUCCCAUAUCCCGCCAACGGUGCAUGGGACACCGUAUUCGCGCAAACCUUUUCACCUUCCCUGCUAGCCACAUUCAAUACAACCCACCACUACAACUAUACCGGCUGGCUAGAACUCUACCACAGCAUAAACGUCACACUAGGGCAAAACUUCGCCCCCUUCAAACACGGCUUCACCCACACGCUCGCCAUCCCCAACGACAAUGGAGACUGCGGCGGCACAGUUUACAUGAUUGGUUGGGAAGGCGGAUAUCACGUCCGUUCGAAACAGGAAUUCUACGCUACCGACGCGGCGUUUGCGGUGGUCGAGAACGUGGGUGGCGGAGAGAGGAAGAUUACCGAGUUCAGAGAGAGUGCUAAUAUUUGGAAUACGGCGCCGCUGCCGAAACCGAAUGAGUGGACCUGUGGGUUUGCGGCGGAUCAUUGACCGAUGGACUAAUUGCAUGCUCGGUCGAUGAUGUAUGGGCAGUGUAGUGCAUGUCUACUCAGAAUUUGCUAGUUCCCAGGUCAGAGGGCCUUUGGACCUAGAUGGUGGCGUAUUCAUCCCUCUAUUUUUGUGCCUUCGUAUUGGAGCACAGCACGGAUAUACGUGGAAAGUCGUUUUUAGAACUUUGAUGUCGGAGUACGUCGGUCCUGUGGCUGCAGGUUUAUGCAAGGAAUAUGCCCAUCGUAAACCUUCACAUGUAACCACCGGAUUGGAAUACAUCCCGGAGCCAUCUCCUCUGUACAAUUUAUUCUUACUCGUGUGUCUCCAGCAGCUUUCCUGUGGCAUUCGGUUUCGCAUUCGCAUACACAGGAGCUGCAUGUUCUUCUGCAGAGGGUCAGUGACACAGAAAACGACCUAACUUCGGGCGAUUAAAUAGAUGUUGAUUUUGAUUUGGUGUCAC